AUGGAAGAUACCGUGGACCUCUUCUCUGACAUUUACGUCGUGACGCUGCCCCAUCGAUCUGAUCGUCAUAUCAUGAUGGAACGUCUCAGGCAGUCUCUCGCACUCAACUGGACCUACGUGGAUGCAAUUCCCUCAAGUGACCCAGUCAUUAUGGGUAUUUCAGAAUGGGUCGGGAGGCUGCGACAGAGGGUCUCCACCCUACAGCCUCAAACGGAAAAUCAAGCAGAACAACGUUUCGAGUGGCCUGACAUGUCGGCUAUAGACGGCCGGUCUCGAUCCCGACAACUGCUUGAAACCUCUGCCUCUCCCGAAUGGCCAUUGCUUUCGUCCGACGCACGAUUUGCAGACCGAGGCAUACCGUAUGACUACCUAUCUCCAGCAUCGAUGAAGCAUUCUCCGACUGGAACACUUGAUUCUCGAUUGCAGGAUUCACCUCUGACUUGUGCAAAGGAAGACUUUGUCUCAGGCCCAACAUAUACUUCGUCCCUGCCUGCAUACAAGCUCCUGACUCCUGCUAAAAUCGCUUGCUGGUAUUCACAUCUGCGGGUCAUUCAACGAAUUGCAAAUGAAGAGGAUCGUCGCAUUUCGGAGAAAGGCACCGCGCAGGCCGAGGAUGUCUCUAGGGAAGGAAUAACGCUCGUGCUGGAAGACGACAUCGAUAUCGAACGGGAUAUCCGGGAUAGGCUUCGUGAUGUUUGGAGCGCGUCGCCUUCAGAAUGGGACAUCAUGUUUUUGGGUCACUGUUGGUCUAACGAGAGCCAUUAUUCUGCACUGCCUGCCAAGUUAUCUGCAGACCGGCCGCAAUACCGCCCGCGGAAUACUCUCCAUCCUUCCUUUGCCCCGAAAUGUACUCACGCGUACGCACUUACCCGCACCGGUGCGCGCCGGCUCUUGCUGCAUUUGCAUUAUCCACCGUUUGCGUAUUCCCGGGCUUUGGAUCAAGCAUUCUCCUGGCUGGUUCAGAGCGGCCGCUUGAGAGCCUUCUCCGUCGUGCCCAGCGUGAUUGUGCAGCGGAAGGCAGAUGAAAGCGACAUUGACCCCGGAAGGGGUGGGACAGGUAGUUCUUGGAGAGAAUAUCUCGAUGAUGGUGUCUUAGGGAGUUAG